CUGGAUCCAGGUAGAUCGGGCUGGGCCACCUGUACUCAGCUGUCUGUCUAUGAAGAGUGACCGUUCAAUGGAUUUUCCAGUCGACCUCAGAGGAGAGUUAAGAGGUGAUCAAAGGAUCCACUGCUCACAGGUGUCCAACCAUAUUGUAGAGAGUUCAGGGAAACUGUUCUCAAAACAGCUGACCAGCAGCCCUGUGAAGCAGAAGGAUCUCACUGACUCACUGGAGAGAGAUGAGCAGCACAAUAAAUCCAUAGAAAGAGCCCAGCAGGCAAUGAAAACUGCUCUGAAGAAGAAGUUUGAAUGCAUAUUUGACGGUUUAGCAAAGCAGGGCAACCCAACCCUCCUCAAUGAGAUCUAUACAGAGCUCUACAUGACAGAGGGGGGAAGUAGGGGGGUCAAUGAUGAACACGAGGUCAGACACAUUGAGACAGCAUCCAAGAGACACACCACACAGGAGACUUCAAUCCUCUGCAAUGACAUCUUUAAGCCUUUACCUGGACAAGAGAAACCCAUCAGAACUGUGCUUACAAAGGGCAUCGCUGGCAUUGGGAAAACAGUCUCUGUGCAGAAGUUCAUUCUGGACUGGGCAAAUGGAAAAGCCAAUCAGGACAUUGAUUUCAUUUUCACUCUUCCUUUCCGAGAUCUGAAUCUGAAAAAGGAGGGAGAAUUUAGCCUCAUGGAACUUCUGCAGCAGUACUUUCCGCAACUGAAAGAGAUCAAAAGUUUUGAAGAUGAUGAAGUCAAAGUUGUGUUCAUCUUUGAUGGUCUGGAUGAGUGUCGACUUCCUCUAGAUUUCCAAAGCAAUAAGAUCUGCUGUGAUAUAACAGAGUCAUCAUCAGUGGAUGUGCUGCUGACCAACCUCAUUCUGGGGAAUCUGCUUCCCUCUGCUCUCCUCUGGAUCACCUCCCGACCAGCAGCAGCCAAUCAGGUCCCUCCUGAGUGCGUCCACCAGGUGACAGAGGUACGCGGGUUCAAGGAUCCACAGAAGGAGGAAUACUUUAGGAAGAGAAUCAGAGAUGAGAUAAAGGCCAGCAGAAUUAUCUCACACGUAAAGUCAUCCAGGAGUCUGCACAUCAUGUGUCACAUACCAGUCUUCUGCUGGAUUUCUGCCACUGUUCUGGAGACAAUGUUGGAUAAAGUGAGUGGAGACCUGCCCAAAACUCUGACUGAAAUGUACACACACUUCCUGCUCAUUCAGACUAAUGUGAAGAAUGAGAAGUAUCCUGGCACCAAUGAGACAACCUCUAAGAAAAUGUCAGCAUCAAAUACAGAAAUCAUCCUGAAACUGGGGCAGCUGGCUUUACUACAGCUGCAAAGGGGCAAUCUGAUAUUCUAUGAAGAGGACCUGAAAGAGAGUGGCAUUGAUGUCUGUGAAGCUUCAGUGUACUCUGGGGUGUGCACAGAGAUCUUUAAAGUGGAGUGUGGGUUGGGUGAGGAGAAGGUCCACUGCUUUGUGCAUCUGAGCAUUCAGGAGUAUCUGGCUGCCUUGUUUGUGUUUCAUUCAUGUGUGAAUAAGAACAGAAAUGUACUCGGAGCAGAACAAUCAAAACCUUGCAGACGCAGAGGCAGAGUGCAGCUGUCUGAAUUACACAGGACUGCAGUGGAUCAGGCCUUAGCGAGUAAGAAUGGACAUCUGGACCUUUUCCUCAGAUUCCUUCUAGGCCUCUCUCUGGACUCCAUUCAGACUCUAUUAGGAGGAAUACUGACACAGACAGGAAGCGGAUCACCCGUACUAGAUUGGAUAAAAGCACUAUAUAAAUACAGGCUAUUUACCAUUUACCAUUUAGAUCCACAGACAGGAAGCAGAUCAAAGAGCAUUGAGAAAACAGUAUUGUACAUAAAGGAGAGGAUCACAGAAGAAUCUUCAGCAGAGAGGACCAUAAAUCUGUUCCACUGUCUCAAUGAACUGAAUGACAACUCUCUAGUGGAGGAAAUCAAGAAUUUCCAGAGAUCAGGAAAACUCUCUAAUGAAAAGCUGGAACCACACCAAUGUUCAGCCCUGGCCUUUGUGUUACUGAUGUCAGAGAAGAUCCAAGAUGAGUUUGACUUGAAGACCUACAACACAUCAGCAGCAGGUUAUGAGAGACUGCUACCAGUAGUCGGGAACUGCAGGAAGGCCAUACUGAACAGCUGUGACCUCACAGAGAAGUCCUGUGAAAUUGUGGCCUCUGCUCUCCAGUCAUCAAACUCACCCCUGAGAGAUCUGGACCUCAGCAACAAUAACCUGGGAGAUUCAGGAGUGAAGCUGCUCUGUGCUGGACUCAUGAGUCCAAACUGUAAUCUACAGAGACUGGACCUCAGCUACAAUAACCUGGGAGAUUCAGGAGUGAAGCUGCUCUGUGCUGGACUGAUGAGUCCAAACUGUAAACUACAGACACUGGGCCUACACAGCUGUGACCUCACAAAGAUGUCCUGUGAAAUUGUGGCCUCUGCUCUCCAGUCAUCAAACUCACCCCUGAGAGAUCUGGACCUCAGCUACAAUAGCUUGGGAGAUUCUGGAGUGAAGCUGCUCUGUGCUGGACUGAUGAGCCCAAACUGUAAACUACAGAGACUGGGACUGAAUGGCUGUGACCUCACAGAGAAGUCCUGUGAAAUUGUGGCCUCUGCUCUUCAGUCAUCAAACUCACCCCUGAGAGAUCUGGACCUCAGCAACAAUAACCUGGGAGAUUCAGGAGUGAAUCUGCUCUGUGCUGGACUGCUGAGUCCAAACUGUAAACUACAGACACUGGGGUGAGUAGUGCUGUGUACUGUGUGACCUUAACUAAAUAGAUUUAGUGAUUAUGGAUCUGUGCAGUGAAAUAUAGGGUUCCCAGGUUUGUGGUUCCUGACCAUAAUGUAAGGUUUCAGUGGAGUCUGUAGUAUCAGGUCACAGGUGAUGACUGAAUGCUGAAUGCAUGAUUGACAUUGUAAAAUAUUAACCACUUCAGUACAGUAAUAUGUUUCACGUCUAUCAUAACAUAACAAAAAUAACAUAAAAUAA